GGCAGGCGAGCGCGCGCAGCCCGUCGGCCAGGCACAGGUCGAGCAGCAGGGGCUGUGGGGUCACCUUCUCUUCCUCCUUUCUGCCACCCCAAGUCGUCUGAGUUUCGUGUCAUACAGUGAGAGAGCACCUUGACCUGGAUCUCCAGCUACCCACGUUCUAGUCCUGCCUCUGUCUUUUCCUAGAGCUGUGGCCUCAGAUCCCUCCCUGGUGCCACCGCAGCCGAGUGUGCAUCCAAUCUGAAGAAAAUUUACACAGUACAAACAGUACAGAUAUUCUGGAGUGUAUACAAUAAUAUUCCUCCUGUGACUAGCCUGCCUUUGAGAUGUAGUUAUCAUUUAAUGAGAGGAGAGAGGCGACCACUUUGGGAAGAGGAGAGUAAUGCAAAGGGUGGUGUAUGGAAGAUGAAAGUUCCUAAGGAUAGCACGUCCACAGUUUGGAAAGAGUUGUUAUUAGCGACUAUCGGGGAACAAUUCACAGACUGUGCCGCUGCAGAUGACGAAGUCAUAGGAGUUAGUGUCAGUGUUCGGGACCGAGAAGACGUCGUCCAAGUCUGGAAUGUAAAUGCCUCUUUAGUGGGAGAAGCAACCGUUUUAGAAAAGAUCUAUGAACUUCUGCCACACAUAUCUUUUAAAGCAGUAUUUUAUAAACCCCAUGAAGAGCAUCAUGCUUUUGAAGGUGGACGUGGAAAACACUAAUUGCACUCUGUAAAGAAUUCUUUGUCCUUUGCUGAUUGGUUUUGGAAACGGUCUUAACAGGAGGGAGUGAAGAGAAGACUUGCCGAAGCCCGAUGCUGGUCAAUUUAGAGUGGGUUUCUGUCCUUGCAGAUUGGGCAAUUAGGACGCAAAGUGGCAGGUGGGGUGGGGGGAGACUGUGUGGGUUUCUGCGGUCACGUUACUUGCUUUUUUUAUUUUUGGCUUUCUAAAUUCUCUGUUCUUUUCACUCUGAUUUUUUUUUUUUUGCCCUUCUAAAUUCCUUAUUCAGUCUAAUUAUUGUUUUCUACACUCCCCUUUCAUUGAGGCACAAGAAAUCGGUUUCCCUUUCAGUAGCUCUGCUGUACCUAGUUAAUGAGAAUAUGCAUAAUCGUGACAAUAAUGCUUUUGAAAACCACACUGUACUUGGAGGAAUACUAGCUUGGUGAAACCUGUCUUUUGAUUAUUUGUUGUGACACAUUCUUACCUACUAUGCACUGGGCAUUGUUUUCUCUGUCCCAAGGAAAAGAAAAAGAUACUUAAUCUGAUUUUGCACUGACAGCACACACAUCUUUUAUUUUUCCUUUUUAAAGCAUUUUUUAGAGAUAAAAGGAAAAUAAUAGUUGGGUUGCCUAACAUGUAAACUAUAAUCACAGUUGAGUAUCAGGCUGUAAAUCAGACUCUAGGCCUAUGGUCCCUCUAGGGAAAGAUUUCUAAGCAGAAUUUCAGUUUGGCCUUUUUCAAAGGAAGGCUUAGAGUGGUAGCAAGGGAUCUCUCCCAGUAGGAAACCUAUUUCUGAUUUAAAGAGAAAGUGAUAUUUUAAUUGUUUGAAAAAUUUCUCCCAAAUUUUGAGGAUGUAUACUUAGGCCUUUCCAAAUCAAUUGCAGUACAUUUUGUUAUAUGGUCCACUUUUCCUGUUCAUGGUGUCUGUCCUUUCUGACAUCUGUAGUCCUCCCUGGGCUCCCUUUUUCAUUUAUGAAGUUAAAUUUCAUUUCCAGGAGGAAUGUGAAUGUUCACAAAGUUGAACUUUGAGUGUACUCUGUUCAUAAUAAUUAUUAGAAUUGUUGAUUUUAAAUAUAUAUAUAUAUAGAGAGAGAGAGAGAGAGAGCGCGAGAGAGAGAGAGAGCGCGCGAGAGAGUGUCAUUUACCAAAGAAAAACUGGUAUUAGUAGAAGGAAAUGGCCACUCAAUGGAACACUGAAACUUCCUCAAAAUGUGCCAAUUUCUUCUCUUAACUCUACCAAGCCUCCUGCUUUUACGUGAUAAAAGGGCAGGGCCGGUAGGAGACCCUUCCUCCUACUGACUUGUUUUUGGAGUAAGGGGGAACACAUGCAUGCUUAUACAUUUUGCAGGACUUGCACCAGGAUCUUUAAUUCCUCUCUCAGCAUUGACAGGCAGAGAUGGGGGGCUUCUUCCGGUCCCCAACAUGUGUUUGUAAAUAAAAUCUUCCAGACCUUUAAAAGGACUUUCAGCAAUAUCUAUUUAUAAAAAUUGUGCUCUUCAUGUGCAAUACUAACCAUAUCAACCAUAACAGUGACAGUAGUUUUUAAGUAAUUGUUUCUAAACUUGAGUUUCUUCAGUGAUUUCAAAAUGAGGUAUAAAAAUAUCAAAUUCAUUUUUCAAAAUCCUGAAACUUGUUUCUCUAAACAUUGUACUAACAUCCACUUAUUUUAAAUUGUUUAUUAAGGAUUUUUAAAGAAUUAUUCUGGACAUAAAUUCUUUUUAUAAUA